AUGGAAGCAGAUGAGGAUUUUAUUAAAAUUAUCGAAGAGGAAAUAUCCUCAAUGAAUAAGCUUAUUAAAAUAGCGGAUGAAAAUAUAAAAAAUCUCAAAACCGAAACGAAUCGCCUAAACCAGACUAGAUCAGAGGCAGAGAAAUCAAUGCUAAAGGCCAUUGCGCUACAGAAAAUGAUUUCUUCAAUCCCAUAUACUCCAAAAAAUCGAGAUCUACUAGGUAAAAGUUUAAGCAUCAAUGAAACUUCAAAUCAAGUGGAAGGCUUAACCAAAACAAUUAGACAGGUCUCUAAACAGGAUUCAAAUCUUGAUCAACAGACGCAUUUCCAAAAAAUGCUUCGAAGUCAGCUAUUAUUGUUGAUCAAUCUUUUUGAUGAGAAAUUAGAGAAAAAAUGUCAAGAAACUAGACGAUCCAAUGUGAAAUCUCAAAGUGAUGUUCUUUCCAGCACUCUUGAUGCGCUACAAGAGCGAACAUUGAAGGAACAGGAACGUGAAAAAAUAUUGAUGGCAGGCCUCAAAAAGUUUUUAAUAAUCAUAUCAAAGAAAAAUCUUGAUCUUGAAAUUGCGGAAGACGACACUGAAAAAUUUGAGCGGACAGAACAACUUUUACAGGAAAAUCACAAAGAUAGCCUCAAAAUCAUUCAAACUCUACUCAAUGGGAUGAUGACCAAUGAAAAUGGUGGUUUUGUGAAAACUUCAACUUUAAAUAACGUGAAUAAUGACUCAUCACAAUCAUCGAUGUCCAUCCAUCCCCUCAUUCGACAGUUAUUAAAGUCUGAUCUUCUUAUUAAAUCUGAUGAUUUGGAAUAUGUCAAAUUGAGGUCUUUCGGGAUGGAUUUUGAUAAAUGA